UACUUCGAACAUCAGACUCAUCAUGAGCGUACUUAGCCUGAACGUCUUCACAUGCAACCUGGUGUAUUGUGGCCUCAGUCUUAGCGGGAACAUUUACAGCUCUAACCCAUUUAUUUAUGUCGUUAUUGGUGGGCUAAUGGAGGUACCUGGAUACACCCUCACCUCCCCCAUAAUCGCCCACUGGGGUAGAAAAAUGCCCAUCAUGAUUGGCUUGUACAUUUGUGGGGCUGCCCUUCUCUCUCUCGCAUUUAUACCUUCAGAUAUCUCGUGGCUUGUGAUGACGCUAGCCAUGAUUGGCAAACUGGCCAUCAGUGGAGUCUUUAUGAUGGUCAUAGUGUACGAAACGGAGCUGCUACCCACGGAAGUUCGUCUCCAGGGUGCCGCGGUGAACGGCAUGAUGGGACAGUUAGCAAACACCAUUUCUCCCUACGUUAUCGAUGUCCUGGGUCCAAUAGUUUCCUGGUUGCCGUCCAUGAUCUUCGGGGUGUCAUCCUUUUUGUCUGCCUUGAGUCUCCUAACGCUGCCGGAGACUCGGUUGAUGGCAAUGCCUGAUACCAUCAACGACCUGGAGGACGUAUUUUCCAAGAAGAAAAAAAUUGGCGAGGGAGACAAGAAAGAAAUGGAGAAGCUGCAGAUAUAAACACGUCUUGGACAAAAUUUUAACACGCCCUGAAUACGCCCUCAUCAAGUCUGCAACACUUCCUGAAUAUAGUUUUGUAGACAACAUUUACCAUUACCUGCAAACCAUACGCUGUUGCAACAUGAGUCCUCAAUUAAUAGUCCACGGUGUGCAAUGUUAAUGAACUUAAGAUAAUUAUAACCCAUCUUUCUUUAUGUACAAAAUAAUGUGACGUAUCAGUGUGCUGAGUUCUUCGCCCUGUAACGUCACUUCCGCUGGGAACAAGUGAUUAUCAACUGUUCGCGGUGAAAGCAUCUGACUGACGGCCACAAAUAGAGAAUAUAAUUUUGGACCAAAACACGUUAUGCUGACAGUCAGAAGAUGAUGAGAAACGCUGAGUAUGAACACCUGGAUAUUACUCUGGCUCUCACUAUUGGUACACCUGUGUUACUCUGGCUCUCACUAUUGGAACGCCUGUGUUACUCUGGCUCUCACUAUUGGAACGCCUGUGUUACUCUGGCUCUCACUAGUGGUAAGCCUGUGUUACUCUGGCUCUCACUAUUGGUACACCUGUGUUACUCUGGCUCUCACUAGUGGUACGCCUGGGUUACUCUGGCUCUCACUAGUGGUAUGCCUGUGUUACUCUGGCUCUCACUAGUGGUACACUUGUGUUACUCUGGCUCUCACUAGUGGUACGCCUGUGAUACUCUGGCUCUUACCAGUGGUACGCCUGUGUUACUCUGGCUCUCACUUGUGGUACGCCUGUGUUACUCUGACUCUCACUAGUGGUACGCUUGUGUUACUCUGGCUCUCAAUAAUGGUACGCCUGUGUUACUCUGCUUUUUACCAGUGGUACGCUUGUGUUACCCUGGCUCUAUCCAGUGGUACGCCUCUGUUACUCUGGCUCUCACUAGUGGUACACCUGUGUUACUCUGGCUCUCACCAGUGGUAUGCCAGUGUUACUCUGUCUCUCACUAGUGGUACACCUGUGUUACUCUGGCUCUCAUUAGUGGUAUGCCUGUGUUACUCUGGCUCUCACUAAUGGAACGCCUGUGUUACUCUGGCUCUUACCAGUGGUUCGCCUGUGUUACUCUGGCUCUCACUAGUGGUGCGCCUGCAUUAAGUGUUUGCCAUGCUAAGUUGCAGCACCACCUUGCGCCACGAAGUACACUGGAAGCUGACGAGGGACUGUACUCUCUUGAGAAUACUAUUUUUAGCUUGUUACCCCUUUUGAUAUCUCUGUUUCUGCACUUCUGUUUAUUUUUAUCCGUAUCUCUACCGUUUCUUUCUCAAUUGAUAAAAUAUAAUAUUCACAGUUAAA